UCUUUCUGUGCGAGUCCGUGAACUUAUGAUAUAUACAUAUGUAUAUAUAUAGAUGAUAUAUAGGAAGCAUAUACAUGCAGGACCUUGUGAUGACUGGCAAAUGCUUUAGCUUGGCAAUACAUGUGAAAGACAGACCCGAAGAACUUCAGAGAGAAGUCAUCGAACUCAAAGGAAUGGACUCGCCAACUCGCCAAGGAAAGAAACCUUAUCUCGCUGUCGUGCUGAUCCAGGCGAUAUAUGCCGGGAUGUUCCUGCUCUCGAAGGUCGCGUUCGAUCUCGGCAUGAACACUUUCGUGUUUGUGUUCUACCGACAAGCUGCGGCCACCAUUUUAUUGGCCCCUCUCGCAUACUACUUCGAAUGGGAAAAUGCUCCUCCAUUAUCCGUCAUGACCUUCUUCAAGAUUUUCAUGCUCUCCUUGUUUGGAAUCACAGCAUGCCUAGACUUAUAUGGAAUAGCACUAAUCUACACAUCCGCGACUUUGGCCGCUGCAACUGCGAACUGCCUCCCUGUUAUUACCUUCUUCUUGGCUCUUUCUUUCAGGAUGGAAUCGCUGGAGCUGGGAGCAGUAACUGGGAUGGCAAAGCUAGCAGGAGUAGGAGUGUGCUUGGGAGGAGCAGCAACCUUGGCCUUCUACAAGGGCCCACACUUCAGCCUCUGGUCCCACCACCAUCACCUCCACCAUGAUCAUCAAACUUACCAAUCCCAUGUUUCCUCAGGCAGGGCUUGGAUCAAAGGCUGUUUCCUAAUGCUUAGCUCCAACACCCUCUGGGCUCUUUGGCUUGUCUUGCAGGGAAAAGUCAUGAAAAGUUACGAAUCAAAACUUCGGCUCACAACUCUGCAGUGUUUCCUGAGCUCAGUACAAUCAUUCAUCAUUGCAAUUCCUUUUGCCAGAGACCCUCACGAGUGGAGACUCGGUUGGAAUAUCAGGCUUCUCUCAGUCGCAUAUUGUGGAAUAGUAGUGACUGGGGUUACAUAUUACCUCCAGACGUGGGUUAUUGAGAAGAGAGGCCCGGUUUUUCUAGCCAUGUCGACUCCUCUGUCACUCGUCAUCACCCUUUUUUUCUCCGCAGUCGUACUACACGAAAUCAUAACACUCGGGAGUAUUUUAGGUGGAGUUUUGCUGGUUGGAGGACUGUACAGUGUUCUGUGGGGGAAGAGCAGAGAGCAGAGAUUAGCUGCUAAUUGCUCAAAUCCUACACCCUAUGAAAUUAAUCUAGAACACAAAGAUAAAGAGGUGACAACUAAUACUUCUAGUUCUACUUAUAACUGACAACCUUAAUCAAAUCAAAAUCAUCUCGUUAAUCUAUAAAAGAUUUGUGCUAUAUAAUCGGCAUAGCCUCCUUUCAUAGAGCCACUUUCUUAAUUGUAAAAGUAAUGAGAGGCACUUAUACAGCAACAUUGAUUCGAAGGAUUCUCGAUAACAAAUUUCGCACAAUAAAAUUGUAUGUUUAACUAUUUUUAGAAAGACCAUGCAGUUGGGGAACAUGGGAGACGACGAACUUGACCCGACCCUCCAAAUUUUGUGGGCGUCAAGAGAAGUGAACAUUUAGAAGGACCAAAGAAUUGGUCCCCUUGAAAAAGAAUUGAUUGCAACUUUUGUUUGUCUUUUUAGGAUUCCCAUUCCUUUUUUUGUGACAGAUGGAGCUAACUCUACACUUUCUUUUCUUCUUUUUAUUGACUAUAAGGGAAAUCUAUGAUUCUACGUAAUAUACGAUGAAAGGAGAAAUAGAAGAGCAUGAAAAAUCUUACUAAAAUAUUAUGAUGGCUCAACUCACUUAAUGGUUAAGAUCAAAUUUUAAUUUUUCUUAAACAUGUCAAUGAUUAUACUCAAGUCUUUUUUUACUUUUUUUUUUGGUGAGAUAGGGCGCGGAAAUCCCAAAAAGAAAUUAAAUUACAUAAGAGCGGGAUAUGAUAGUCCCAAUAAUAUCGUCAUAUUGAGAGGAGGUUGAUGAUGCCUUCCGAAGGAAGAUGAGAGAUCCUCCCAAGGAAAAUUAUACUUGGUCAUUUUGGGGUGUUGUGCAGUGUGUUUGGCUACAUUCAUAAUAGGAAAAUAUAAAUAAUUAAAUGUCUUAUAUGUAAUUGGUAUAUCAUGUGAAACUGGUGUCAUCAGAUAAAAAAAUUAUCCUUGUCAAUAGUAUUUUUUUAUGAUAUUACUAAAAAGCAAGAAGAAUUAGAAACUAUAUUGACUUGUGAUAUUUUCACGUGAUAUACCCGUUACACGGUACAUAUAAGACUAUCUCAUACUUAACGGGGCUAAGGACAAGUGCGCCUCAAAUUUUGAGAUAAUUUACUCC